CUGGCCGGGCCGAGAGGAGGAGAGCAAGGAACCGCUCAGAGCAGCAUCCUCCAGCCCCGGACUGAGAGGAAGCUCCCAGCAAGAUCUAACUGUGCCCGUGCUUCAGCCACUGUACUAUUUUCAAAAUGGAGACUUUAGACAAAACAGUGAAUGGAUAUAUAGAUGAAUUACUUGGACCCAGAGAUCCCAGGGUAAAAGGAUGGCUUCUUAUGGACAACUAUAUACCUACAUUUGUCUUCACUGUCCUGUAUUUAUUAAUUGUAUGGUUAGGACCAAAGUUCAUGCGGAAUAAAGAACCUGCUUCAUUCAGGGGCAUUCUAGUGGUUUAUAACCUUGGGCUUACACUGCUAUCACUGUACAUGUUCUAUGAGCUGGUCACAGGAGUAUGGGAAGGAGGCUAUAACUUUUUCUGUCAGGAUACUCACAGUGGAGGUGACGCUGAUAUGAAGAUAAUCCGUGUUCUGUGGUGGUAUUACUUCUCGAAACUCAUCGAAUUCAUGGACACCUUCUUCUUCAUCCUUCGGAAAAACAACCACCAAAUGACCGUCCUACAUGUCUAUCAUCAUGCUUCCAUGCUGAAUAUUUGGUGGUUUGUCAUGAACUGGGUUCCUUGUGGACACUCCUACUUUGGUGCCACUCUUAAUAGCUUUAUCCAUGUAUUGAUGUAUUCCUACUAUGGACUGUCAGCUAUUCCAGCCAUUCGCCCUUACCUGUGGUGGAAGAAAUACAUCACCCAGUGCCAGCUGACUCAGUUUGUCCUUACUAUGACUCAAACUAGCUGUGCAAUGGUUUGGCGCUGUGCAUUCCCAAUGGGGUGGCUGUAUUUCCAGAACUGUUACAUGGUCUCCCUCAUUAUCCUGUUUGGCAACUUCUACAUUAAGACUUACAACAAGAAAACCCAUUCUCGAAGGAAAGAUUACCAGAAUGGGUCUGUUAGUGCAGUGAAUGGGCACACAAACAGCUUUUCUUCCCUGGAGAACAAUGUGAAGCAGCGUAAACAAAGAAUGGAUUGAAGGGAAAGCCAAGUCACCAUUCAAGUGCACCAGAUGCUACAACAUCAAAUUUCAAGCACAGCGUAAACUGUGUGCUGACAGCUACUGUAACUAUUCCUGAUUAAAAUAAUGUUAUUAACAGCUCUAGCCCUUAUAGAAAUGUUGUAGAGCCAUUAAAAAGUAGGUUACCCAACUAGCAGAACUUAAUGGUUCUUCUCACAGCUCAGCCAUCUUGUAUUACUAAUGACCUAGCAGCAGAACAAAGUAACAACAGGUCCCUUCCCGCAACACAAAUAUUAAUUCAUUGCCUGUAGAUUAUAGAAUACCAAGUGGGGACAGUUGUCUACGGGUGACAGACAGGAGGGGGGGUGCACACAGCACUCCCAUGCUGUCUGCCUCUUUGUGGAAUGAUCACGUAGUACCUGGGUAUAUAAUUUUAUUAUCCUCUACAUGGGUCUAAAAGGAAGGGAGCUGCAACACGUGUACUGGCACUGGCGACUGAGUUAUAUGCUUCCCGCACCUGCUGCCUGGUAACAGGCACCUGCUGAGGGGGAAGCAGGAAGGAGUCACUGCAUUUCUACCACUAGACACCAGGGACUGUAAUUCGAACCUUCGCACCUCCCCCCCAGGGGGGCCCAUAAAGGGAUACUUUUGUGAUUAUGUUUCUGUAUGUGUGAAUGCAUGUCUUUUUUUGUGUAUCUGACUGUGUGUCUGUGUUUUGUAUGUGGAUGAAUGUAUGAUUGCAUGUCUGUGCUUUUAUGCAUGUCACUGUGUUUUUGUAGGAGAAUAAAAAAAAGGGUAAGAAGUAAGGGGAUGUAGAGAUGAGGUUGGAAGGGGGCUAAGAAACACAUUAGGUGAAAUGGAGGGUUAAGAGAAACACACAAAAAGAAUAGACACAAAGGAAUGAGUGAGUAGGGAACAUCACACAAAACUGUAAAAUGGUGGGGGGAGGUGCCAAGAGAUCUAGGUACGCCUACGUCUGUACAAAAUAUCAAUUUGCCACGUUAUCUCAUCGUGAUCCUUUUUAAAGCUGUUAAGUUGAGGUAACCGUCUUAUAAUUCAUACUUAGUUUAUAAUUCAUACUUAGUUUAUAUCAAGUUUUAAACCAUUCAAUUCUUUCUUAUUUAUUUUCAGUAUAAAUAGUUUUUUUUUCGUUUUGUUUUUUAAUUCUGGUGUCUACAUUCUGACAACUCUGUUAGAGUAUACUGUUGAGCCGAUUAACGCAACUCACGCGCAGUACAAAUUGUAAUGUGAGUGGGCUUUAAAACUCACAAGAGGUGCUGCAGGGAAUGGGCUUGUCAUGCCCUUUUUUCAGAAGACACCAUUGGUUUCAAUAAACCACAGGCAUUCCUUUAGCAUCUAAAUCCCUAGUUAUGCUUAGUGUAACUAGUAUAUUUUUAGGAAUCCUCAAUACAUUCACUGCUGCUAAUCUCCUCUCCUCUUAGUGUCAGAAAGGCCAACAGCUAAUAUUAUAGCCCUCUAAAGCACUGAGUGGGUUGAUGAUUCAGUAACUGUGCUCAUGUCACCCCUGCUGUAGACUGUGGAUAAAAGUAUUAUUGUAGUAACACUGCUGUUGCCUUACUAGUUAAUAUGAUAGGUGCUGAAUAGCAAUUUAUAGAUUCCAAGUACUACUCAUUUUUCUAACACAGGAUGCCCGAAUGUUUGUAGGUGUCAUUUGUAUUGUAUAGUUAUCAAUGGUUAUAUAAACAUGCCUUAAUAAGACAACAGUUAAAACCCAGAGCCCAAAGGUUGCUACAGGUUAGACUAAGGCUUGGGCACAUCAGCUCUUUGCUUUUAUUGAACUGUGGCUGUCAUGUGACUUGCUAACUUUUGCCAACUGUAGUCCAACAAUAGCAGAAUUCCUGGUUUUGCCCAGCCGUGGGUUAAUAAACAAUGACCACUCAGCGUCUUAGCUGUUAUUUGUUUUUAUUACUUUUCAUUUUUUAUUUUCAUACAUUUAAAAGUGGUGGUUAAAGACUGCAACAAAAAAAGAUUAAAUUACUUGCUUAAUAAAAGCUUUUGUAUUAUUUAAUUUCAAUUGAAAGUGUGCCUACAAGCCAUUGGGAAUAACCUGCUAAUGUUUUUAUAUAGAGAUAUUUAGAUAUAUAGCAUAUCCAAGUUUAGUGUUCUGUUUAGUCUUUGCUUAAACAGCAAAUUCAGUUUAAUUGAUGUAAAGGUAUUUGCACUCAAGGGUAGCUUAUGACCUACAGCAUACAGGUAAGUCCAUAGAUGCUAUAUGGAUCAACAAGGCAUUGCAAACUUUAAAAAGAAAA